AAUAGCGAAGUCGAUGGGUGCCGAUGGCGACUCUACCCACCGCCCCUCGGCGCCUCAGUCACCGUCUCUCCCCGCUCCGUAAAGUCCCUUUUUUGAGCCAAACAAUCAAAAAAUCUCCUCUCUCUCUCGCCGACGCUGUGAGAGAUCCGAUCUCACCGCCAUGGCGCGGUCUCCUCCCAGAUCCCGCUUUGAUCCGCUACUCUUCGUCGUCGCCGCCCUCGCUUCGAUCUUAUCGUCCUCGGCGGAGAUCAAGAACCUUAAGAUCUCCUCGGACUCCCGGCCGAUCAUCCUCUUCGAGAAGUUCGGCUUCACCCCCCGCGGCGAGGUGAACAUCACCGUCUCCGACGUCUUUGUCUCUUCCACCCUCGCCACCCCCGAUCCUGCCCUCCUCGGCUUCUUACUCCUCGCCGACGAGAGUCUCAUCCAGGCCGCCUACGACUCGCAGCACAAGCGCAGCGCUAACUCCAACCCUAACCCUAACGGCAGAUGCAUCCUCGACAGCACCUACGUCAUCCGCCUGUUCACCUUAGCCGAGAUCUCCCGACAGUCCGCCUCCUUGAACCGCUCGUUCCCUAUCACACGCCCGGAUGAGUACAGCCUCUUCUUCGCCAAUUGCGCCCCUGAGACCUCGGUCUCUAUGUCCGUUCGCACCGAGAUGUACAAUGGCCGCUCCGACGGCUCUCGCGACUACCUAUCAGUCGGUCAGUCCCCCGUCCCCUCCUUGUACGCCUUCUUCGCCAUAGUCUAUGUCGCUUUCUUCGCCUUCUGGAUCUACGUCACCCUCUUCCAAAACCGCCUUGCUGCCCAAACGAUCCACCAUCUCAUGGCCGGUCUCCUCCUCACCAAGGCACUCAAUCUUGUUUUCGCUGCUGAGGACCAGCACUACAUCCGCCAAACCGGAACGCCCCAUGGGUGGGACGUCCUCUUCUACAUCUUCCAGUUCCUGAAAGGCGUGCUCUUGUUCACGGUCAUUGUCCUCAUUGGCACCGGAUGGUCCUUCCUGAAGCCCUUCCUGCAGGAGCGAGAGAAGAAGGUGCUCAUCAUUGUGAUUCCUCUCCAGGUGAUAGCCAAUAUCGCCUCCAUUGUGAUCGGCGAGACUGGUCCUUUCAUCCAGAAUUGGGUCACCUGGAAUCAGGUCUUCCUCCUCAUCGACGUUGUUUGCUGCUGCGCCAUCCUCUUCCCAAUCAUCUGGUCAAUCAGAUCUCUGCGUGAGACUUCAAAGACCGAUGGGAAAGCUGCGAAAAACCUUGCCAAGCUCACUCUUUUCCGGCAGUUCUACAUCGUGGUGAUUGGGUAUCUGUACUUCACCAGGAUUGUGGUUUAUGCGCUCAGGACAAUAGCAUCUUACAAGUAUCAGUGGGUCAGCGUGGCAACUGAGGAGACAGCAAGCCUUGCCUUCUAUGUGUUCAUGUUUUAUAUGUUUAGGCCGGCAGAGAAGAACCAGUACUUCAUGCUUGACGAUGAUCAAGAAGAGGCUGCAGAGAUGGUGCUCCGUGAAGAAGAGUUUGAGCUUUGAGUGAUCCUGAAUCCAGUCAUAUGCUCUUUUCCCUGUGUUAUUUCUAUCCCAAUCAAGUGCUUAAUGUUGAUACUCUGGUAAUUCUUGUGCCCUUUCUACAGUCUAAUUAGAAUUUUGCUGUUCUACUUAUGAUCUAAUUAUUUCUUGAUUUUUCCUUCUGCAUCAGAAUUUACUUGUACUACUAUAUCUUUAAUGGUUAUGUCUCUCAUUUGUAGUA